AAAGGGACUUUCAAUGUAAAUAAUUUCAUUUUCAUUUCGAAAACAGUUUCAAGUACAAUGUUCAGUUUGUUUUCAUUUUUGUGCCUAAUUGUUUGUGUUUACUCAAAUAAUAUUUUAAAAGAGCCUACAAUUUCUUCAGGACCAUGUAAAGAAAACGAGCAUAUGGAAGUGAACAGCACAAGUUGUCAAGUGACUUGUGACAAUAGAUAUCUGCUGAGUUAUGAGAGUGUAUGUGAAUCUUUCACUGGCUGUGCUUGCAAUGUUGGUUAUGUUAGACUCCAUAGGAAUGGCAAAUGCGUCUUAGAAGAUGACUGUCCUCCAGAAGAAAAUUACUGUGGACCUUACGAGGAAAAAACGGACUGCGAAAUAACCUGCCCCCCUCAAGCUUGUGAAAGUAUCUACAUGACUUAUGAUUGCAACGAGAAUAAACAGAGUAAGGAGUGCCGGACUGGAUGUAACUGUAUAGAAGGGCAUUUGAGGAAUGCUAUUGGCAUGUGCGUUCCAAAGAAAUUUUGUCCUACACCGUUUUACGUCAUCCGAAGCAUCCGUGACUACAAUUUGCCGCGACCUCGUUAUCAAGAAGUGAAGUUAUUUAAUCGUGAAUGGGCAUUAACACCUUUAGUUAAUACUGACGCAUUAAAUGUAUCAACAAAUCCAGAGAGUCUUCUAUCAUCAUCGAGUUCAAAUACAGCUAAUUCUAGUCAAGGGUCAAACCCUUGUAAAGGAGUAAACGAGGAAUGGCACGACUGUCCAUCAUGCUUGUUCGAAAGAUGUGAAGACGUUGACUGCCCACCAAUACCUUGUAAAAAGAUUGAAGGGUCCUGUGCUCCAAGAUGUAUUUGUAUCCAGAACUUUUUUAGAAACGGCAGCGAUGUCUGCAUACCAGUUGAUGAGUGUCCUUACUAUGAUAUCGAAUAACUACGGAAGAGACUUUGAAAUAUCGUCUUCUAUUUUCAAAUUUAAAUUUCCAUCAGUCCAGUAAUAAAUAAACCAUACAAUUGCAUUUUUUCUUUUAUU